AUGUCAGCGGGUAUACAGUAAGUGAGAGGCUCCGACUCCGUCACCGGCCCCGGUUUUACCACUACGGCACCGGGGGCACGGGGCGUGGCCUCCACGUGCGGCUGACACCGACGACUAGUACCACCUCGCCGCCUCGCAGCUUUGACCUCCACACCCCCACCAGCGAGUGACCGUACGCCGUAUCCCCGACCCGCGAAACCCUAGGCGCAGCCGAUCGCCGGCCAUGGACGCUGCCGGCGGCGCGGCGGAGCUGCGCGAGGCCCACCGCCUGACGGGCCACGCUGACCGCGUGUGGGCGCUCGCCUGGAACCCCUCCCCGGGCCCCGGCGCAGGCCCCGUCCUCGCAUCCUGCGGCGGCGACAAGGCCGUCCGGAUCUGGAAGCGCUCCCCCGACGGCGCAUGGCACUGCUCGGAUGUGCUUGAGGACACGCACAACCGCACGGUGAGGUCCUGCGCCUGGUCCCCCAACGGGAAGCUACUGGCCACCGCGAGCUUUGAUUCCACGACGGCCAUAUGGGAGUACACUGGCGGGGACUUUGAGUGUGUCGCCACAUUGGAGGGGCACGAGAACGAGGUGAAGAGCGUGUCGUGGAGCCCAUCCGGGUCGCUGCUCGCGACGUGCAGCCGGGACAAGAUGGUGUGGAUAUGGGAGGUGCAGCCGGGGAACGAGUACGAGUGCGUCUCGGUGCUGCAGGGCCACACGCAGGACGUCAAGAUGGUGCAAUGGCACCCGUUCCUGGAUGUUCUUGUUUCCGUCAGCUACGAUAAUUCGAUCAGGGUUUGGGCUGAUGACGGUGAUGACGAGUGGCACUGUGUACAGACAUUAACCGAAACCAAUAACUGUAGUCAUUCAUCAACAAUAUGGGCAUUAUCCUUUAACCAUAAGGGUGAUAGGAUGGUCACAUGCAGUGAUGACUGCACUUUAAAAAUAUGGGACACAAGUGUUGAUUUGUCUCAACCAAAAACUGGAGAAGGUCAAGAAUCUUGGCGACUCCUUUCUACUCUCACAGGAUAUCAUGGUCGAACUAUUUUUUCAGCCCAUUGGUCAAGCGAGGAUGUCAUAGCUAGUGGGGCAGGUGAUGAUGCAAUCUGCUUAUUUGCUGAGAAGAGUAAUAUGGUUGAGGAGCCUUCAUACAGAUUAAUAUUGAAGAAAGAGAAGGCACAUGACAUGGAUAUAAACUGUGUCCGAUGGUGUCCUCAGGACCCGAGGUUAUUGGCAUCUGCGAGCGACGAUUGCACGGUGAAAUUAUGGGAGCUGAGGGGGAGUUUACUGGAUUGAGUUUUGUUCUGUUUAUUAUAAUAUCUUUGUAGUUCUAGUUGUGUACCUUGAUAUUAUAGAACAGAUUAGGAUUUAGGCAUCACCUUGGGGUUUAUAUUUUCCUGAACACUGCUCCCUGCUUCGUUUAUCUCAAGAGGGUGCAUGGUGCUGGUCU